AAAAUUUUACUGAUUUGAAUAAUAAAUUAUUAAGACUGAAUCACACACAUAUUUUUCCCUAGCAUUAUCUCCUUCCAGUGACCUGCUAACGAUAAUUGACUACUCUUACAGUGGGAUAGAGGAACUAUUUAUUGCAAGUUAUAGUACCUACAAUAGUCAAUGCGUCGUUAUAGUCUAACGACGCUACUUUACUUAUCUUACAGCUGUUAAAAGUGCGCUAACACCGCAUAAGUAUUUUUAGAUAAAUCUUCAAAACAACAGCGUUAGAUCCUAGACUGGCAGUUGUAUUUUGAAAAUCGAAGACGACGGUUGCAUUUGAAAUGAAGUUAAUCAUAUUGGGAAUCGUUCUAACUCUUUGGGGUUGUAAUGGUUUUGAUAUUCCUCACGAUGUCUGCCACUAUCGAGUGAAGAUUGAGAAUGACCAUUACAACAUGUCUCGAGCCAUCGACAUUGGGGACGCCACGCCAGUCGACGCUCACUAUGACAUCUUCGGCAACUUGUUCUACGUGGCGAGGGGACGCGGCGACAAGGGCGUCGUAUUCGAUGUGUAUAUCCUGGAAGCUAACGCAGAUAUGCCUGUGAAAGUACAAGGGUUGCCACCCGGCCGCAGUUACUCCGUAGCAGUGGACAAGUUAUACUCAGACGUAUACUUCGGCACCGCACGGGGCAUCUACAAGUACAACUACGCCUCACAUAGAGCCGAGCUCGACUCCAGCCCCGGACUGAAGGUAGACAUGAUCUUCAUAGACAAGGAUGGCAACAAGUAUGUAACCGAAAGCUUUAACGGAUACGAACAACUUUACAUCCUGGAUGGCGUGAAGAAAAUACCCUACAACCUACUACAAGGCUUCAGCGAACUGGCUAUAGAUGACAAAAACAAUUUCUAUUACAUCAAAAAAGGAGUACUAUUCAUGUUGCCUUCAUUCUCUCUUCAACCUUCACGGUGUACCUUCAUGGGAGAAGUGAAGUAUAGCGGAGUCGCUCAAAUAACGUUUUAUAAGGACUUGGUGUUUGUUGCCAGCCACAAUUUGUUUUACAUAAAUAAGAGCAGGCAAAUUAUUAAGGUUGAUCAUAUUCCCGGGAGCGCAUCAGCGGUAGCGUUCGACAAGAGGGGGAACUUUGUGGUGGGGGUGCACGGAAAGAUGUUGCGCUAUAAAAGGAAUGAUUGUUAUGUUAGAGAGAAUGUUACAUAUAAACCCUUGUAAAGGAGAGACUUGUAAAAGUAAUAUAUAACAAAUAAAAGUGUAUAAAUUAGUCAUA